UUACAUUCUCCAUAAGCAUUAUGAAACAUAUUAUGGUCUAAGAAUGCCAGCUUAUAAUUCAUUUACUAAAUCCUGGGAAUUAAGGCAAACGCCAGAUGCAAACAUUGGAAUGCAAUAUGUAUAUUUUUUGUACGUAGCGCUGGUACUGAUUACAAAAAGAGGCGACUUAAAUGAGUAUUAUGAGUAUUCUACAUUUUCUUUCUUUUCAUCUAUUGUGUGGGUAUUUUCUGAAAUUAUGAAUAUAAUUUAUAUUGUGUCACUGAUCAAAUAUUUUCGAGGAUUAACAUCAUCACAAUCCAAAUACAAUCGUAUGAUUCAUCAAGUACAUCAAUAUAUAUGCCAUGAACAAUAUCCAAAAGGACUCGAUGAUCGCAUAUCAGAAUAUUAUGAUUAUAAAUUUCAGAGACGUUAUUUUCGUGAAGAUGAGAUAAUACGUUUAAUUUCAGGGCAAUUGAAGCAGGAAAUAAUAUUUCAUACUUGUCGGCAUUUGGUUGAAGGCGUGGAGAUAUUUAGAGAUUUAUCGCUUCCAAUAUUAAUUCGAAUUAUUUCAUGUUUGAAAUCUGAAAUAUUUUUAGCAAAUGAUAUUAUAAUGCUCGUAAACACUCCAGGUGAUAUCAUGUAUUUUAUUGCACAUGGUACCGUGGCAAUAUUUGCCGCAAAUGGCAAAGAGAUUUGUCAUUUGAGUGAUGGUGACCAUUUUGGUGAGAUUGCAUUAAUAAUGGAUGACGGUAAGCGUAGUGCAUCUGUUUUAGCAGUUGAAAACUGUGAAUUAUACAAAUUACGACGCAAAGAUUUUAUGCGUGCCAUUCUACCAUAUCCAGAAAUAGUAGAACGUAUUGAGCGUAUUGCAAGUGAACGAAUGUUUCAAAAUACUCGAAUUCUUGAAACAGAAGAAGAAGAACUGUAA